GAGGAAUUAGCGGUGGGCCACACCAAGGUGCACGAGCUCAGCACGAUUAAAACGUUGCUAAGUCAGCGGAAGUGAAAGAGAUCAUGUCCAUGAGCGCUCCAACCCAGCCUGUAAUUUUCCCAACUGUUUCCUGACAUUUCUCAGCUUCUCGAUGCCGUACUCUAACUCAGGGGAAGCGUUCCACAACUGCUCUGUACCCGAAGUCCUUUUCUGCAACAUCACCAAAAAUGACAGCCAGGGCAAGUUUUAUGAAAACUUAGAAGAUGCUCUCUUGGAUAUCCUUGGGCCGAAAAGGUCUUCAUUCUUCAUUCCCGUUUCCCUCACAUACUCGCUCAUCUUCAUGGUUGGAUUGGCUGGGAACCUCCUUACCUGUGCAGUGAUUGCCAAGCACCGGAAAAUGCAAACACCCACCAAUUUCUACCUUUUCAGCCUGGCUGUGUCAGACCUCCUUGUCCUUAUUUUUGGAAUGCCCCUGGAGACCUAUGAGCUGUGGCAGAAUUACCCCUUCCCCUUUGGAGAGGGAGGUUGUUACUUCAAGAUCUUCCUCUUUGAGACAGUUUGCUUUGCUUCUGUGCUGAAUGUGACGGCUCUGAGUGUGGAGAGGUACAUCGCUGUGGUCCACCCCCUCAAGACCAGGUAUGCCAUGACCAACAAGCAUGCCUGCCGGGUUAUUACCAGUGUGUGGACCAUCUCUCUUGUCUGCGCCAUCCCCAAUACCUCCCUCCAUGGGAUCUUCUACCUCUAUUUACCGGAAAAGGUGGCUGAGUCAGCCACAUGCAUCCUGCUCAAGCCUCUCUGGAUAUAUAGACUCGUUAUCCAGAUCACCACUGUCCUUUUUUACUUUGUGCCCAUGGCUGUCAUCAGUGUCUUAUACCUGGUCAUCUGCCGGCGGCUGGGUCGAGAGAAGAAGUUACCGGAAGCCAAGGUUGAUAAAAACUGCAACUCUGGCAGUAGCUGGAAGAUCCAUCUGGAGAGCAACCGAAGGAGGCAGGUCACCAAAAUGCUCACUGUUGUGGUGAUAGUCUUUGCCAUCUGCUGGGCCCCCUUCCACCUGGACCGGUUGCUAUGGAGUUCCAUCACACAGUGGACCGACACCAUGCAUACUGUCUACCAGUACGUGCACAUCCUGUCGGGCGCCCUCUUCUACCUCAGCUCUGCUGUCAACCCCAUCAUCUAUAGCCUGCUGUCAUCACGUUUUCGUGAACACUUCCAUGAACUGAUGUGUAGGAAAACUAAAGGUGGUAGCUCCCCACCUUUCUCCAAACCUCAGAAGAGCUCCUCAGCCCUCAUGGUCCAGUGUCGAUCUACCAGGGGCCUGGGACCCUCCUUCAUCUCCAGCUGCUGGGUGAACGAGGACGAAACUACUUACAUGUGAGA